ACCGGCCCAGGCGAUGUCGGCGAGUCACGACAGUCGAGCCCGAGAGAGGGAAAAUGGACCCGAGGGGAUGGAACCGGACGGCGUCAUCGAGAGCAACUGGCACGAGGUGGUGGACUCGUUCGACGAGAUGAACCUUUCGGAGCCGCUGCUCAGGGGCAUCUACGCCUACGGCUUCGAGAAACCCUCGGCCAUCCAGCAGAGAGCCAUCCUGCCCUGCAUCAAAGGCUAUGACGUCAUCGCGCAGGCGCAGUCGGGCACCGGCAAAACGGCCACGUUCGCCAUCUCCAUCCUGCAGCAGGUGGAGCUCGACCUCAAGGCCACCCAGGCGCUCGUGCUGGCCCCCACCCGCGAGCUGGCCCAGCAGAUCCAGAAGGUGGUGAUGGCGCUCGGGGACUACAUGGGGGCCUCGUGCCACGCCUGCAUCGGCGGCACCAACGUCCGCGCCGAGGUCCAGAAGCUGCAGCUCGAGGCCCCCCACGUGGUGGUCGGGACCCCCGGCAGGGUGUUCGACAUGCUCAACCGGCGCUACCUCUCCCCCAAGUUCAUCAAGAUGUUCGUGCUGGACGAGGCCGACGAGAUGCUGAGCAGGGGCUUCAAGGACCAAAUCUACGACAUCUUCCAGAAGCUGAGCGGCAACACGCAGGUGGUUCUGCUGUCGGCCACGAUGCCCCUGGACGUGCUGGAGGUGACCAAGAAGUUCAUGAGGGACCCGAUCCGGAUCCUGGUGAAGAAGGAGGAGCUGACGCUGGAGGGGAUCCGCCAGUUCUACAUCAACGUUGAGAGAGAGGAGUGGAAGCUGGACACGCUGUGUGACCUGUACGAGACGCUGACCAUCACCCAGGCCGUCAUCUUCAUCAACACGCGGCGCAAGGUGGACUGGCUGACCGAGAAGAUGCACGCCCGGGACUUCACCGUGUCCGCCAUGCACGGGGACAUGGACCAGAAGGAGCGUGACGUCAUCAUGAGGGAAUUCCGGUCGGGAUCCAGCCGGGUCCUCAUCACCACCGACCUCCUGGCCCGGGGCAUCGGCGUCCAACAAGUUUCGCUCGUCAUCAACUACGACCUCCCGACCAGCGCGAGAAUUACAUCCACAGGAUCGGCAGGGGGCCGUUUCGGCCGCAAGGGCGUGGCCAUCAACAUGGUGACCGAGGAGGACAAACGGACCCUGCGGGACAUCGAGACCUUCUACAACACGGCCAUCGAGGAGAUGCCGCUCAACGUGGCCGACCUCAUCUAAAGGGGGGAGGGGCGCCCCUCCCCCACCCCCAAAUGCCCCUCCCCACCCCCAAAUGCCC